AUGGCGGUUCAGAAAAAGCACGGCAAGGGUCGUUUGGAUAAGUGGUAUCGCCUUGCGAAGGAAAAGGGAUACAGAGCAAGAGCUGCGUUCAAGUUGGUUCAACUGAACAAGAAAUAUGGCUUCUUGGAAAAGAGCAAGGUUUUGCUGGAUCUUUGCGCGGCACCUGGAUCAUGGUGUCAAGUUGCUGCAGAAUGCAUGCCUGCUCAGAGCUUAAUUGUCGGUGUCGAUUUGGCCCCCAUCAAGCCUAUCCCGCGAGUUAUUACCUUCCAGAACGAUAUUACGACCGAAAAAUGUCGCGCUACGAUCCGAUCACAUCUGAAGCACUGGAAAGCGGACACAGUUCUGCACGAUGGUGCUCCGAAUGUUGGUACGGCGUGGGUUCAGGAUGCUUUCUCUCAGGCGGAGUUGGUGCUUGAAUCUCUUAAGCUUGCCACGGAGUUUUUGGCUGAGGGUGGUACAUUCGUAACCAAGGUUUUCCGAUCAAAGGAUUACAACCCUUUACUGUGGGUUUUUAAGCAGUUGUUCUCGUCCGUGGAAGCGACCAAGCCUCCAUCCUCCCGAAAUGUCUCCGCCGAAAUCUUCGUUGUUUGCCGCGGUUUCAAAGCACCAAAGCGCAUGGAUCCCAAGUUCCUUGACUCGAAGCAUGUCUUUGCGGAACUUGCAGACCCUACGCCCAAUAAUGAAGCUAAGGUGUUCAACCCUGAAAAGAAGAAGCGAAGGAGAGAGGGUUAUGAGGAGGGCGAUUGGACCCAGUUCAAGGAAGUUCCAGUAACGGAGUUCGUCAACACUACAGAUCCAAUUGCAAUUCUCGGUUCGGCCAACAAGCUGAGUUUCCAACAACUGCCUGGGGGAGACCUUGCGUUGGCUACGUUAGAUCGGCUACCAGAAACCACAGAGGAGAUCCGCAAUUGCUGUGAGGAUUUGAAGGUCCUGGGUAAAAAGGAGUUCAGAAACCUUCUCCGGUGGCGUCUCAAGGUUCGCGAGAAGUUUGGGCUGGUAGUGAAAAAGGGACCAGCUAAGACUGAUGAAACCGAAGAAGUGGCUGAGAUUGCUCCCAUGGAUGAUGAGCUUGCCAUCCAAGAAGAACUCCAUCGCCUGAAAGACAAGGAGAGCUCGAGGAGCAAGAAGGAAAGACGCAAAGAGAACGAGAAGAAGCGCAAAGAAAUUGUUCGAAUGCAGAUGCACAUGACGACUCCCAUGGACAUCGGAAUGGAGCAAUUAGGGCCCGGGGGAGAUGAUGCGACAUUCUCACUUAAGCGUGCUGAGAAAGCUGGAGCAAAGGAUGCCAUGGCGUCAGGGAAAGAAAUCGCAGCUCAGAGUGAGAGUGAAGAAUCCGAGUCCGAGUCGGAAUACGCCGGAAGCGACGACGAAGAGGACCGUCUGGAGAGGGAACUCGACUCGCUAUACGAACAGUAUCAAGGCCGCAAGGAAGACAAGGAUUCGAAACUGCGAGCAAAGAAAGCUCGCAAGCAGUACGAAGCCGAGGAGUGGGAAGGGUUUUCUGGAUCAGACAAAGGAAGUGAUGACGAAGGAGAAGAGGAUGCAGAGACCGAAUCCCGUGCUGCCCCUUCAAAUGGAGCCCUCUCUAACAAUGCGGCGCUAUUCUUCGACCAGGACAUCUUCCAAGGGUUGGAAGGUGUUGAUGACGAAGAGGACGAAGACGAGGAGGACGAGAAGGAUAUGGACAACGAGACAGUGGAAGAAAAGCGACCGCAAAACAAAGCCGUGCCUGAGAAACAGAAGAAGGCCAACGGUACCAAGAAUAAUAAGCCAUCCGAAGACUCUUCAGAUGACGAGUUCGAAGAGGCCGAAGAGCCGCGCAAGAAGAAUGGCCAGCUUGACAUUGAUAUUAUUACGGCAGAAGCUAUGGCGCUGGCUCAGCAGAUGGCUACUGGAGAAAAGAAGUCGCACGAUGUGUUCGAUGACGGAUUUAACCGUUACGCCUUCCGUGAUAUGGACGGUCUCCCAGAAUGGUUCAUUGACGACGAGGGCAAGCACAGUAAACCAACUCGUCCAAUCACCAAGGCAGCAGCGGCAGCAAUCCAAGAGAAGAUGCGCGCUAUCAAUGCUCGACCUAUCAAGAAGGUGAUGGAGGCCAAGGGUCGCAAGAAGUUCAAGGCAGCCCAGCGGAUAGAAAAACUUCGCAAGAAGUCUGCGCUACUGGCGGAUGAUGACACCCUGAGCGAGAGGGACAAGGCCCAGACUAUUGCACGAAUGAUGAGCAGGGCGAUGAAGAAGAAACCCAAGCAACAGGCGAAGGUGGUUGUUGCCAAGGGAAGCAACAGGGGUAUUUCUGGCCGGCCUAAGGGAGUGAAGGGUAAAUACAAGAUUGUGGAUGCUAGAAUGAAGAAGGACGUGCGGGCUCAGAAGCGACUGGCGAAGAAGAAGCAAAAAUAG